AUAAGGGGUAGCAUCACUGUGUCACUUCAGCGGGAUCUCUGUUCCUCUCCUGCAGAAGAGCUUCCCCUAAACUUUCAUAUUCCACCUUCAAAUAAGCCACGAUGAGCAGACAGGCGCCAACAGUGAGAUCUGUCCUGGGACGAAGAGGCUUCAGUUCAGCUUCGGAGAUUUGUGGUCGAAGCUACGCUGCCUCUGCCUGCCAACCUGUCCGAUGUGGAGCUGGUGCCUAUAGCAGCAGGAGUGUCUGCAACCUGGGUGGAAACAGGAGAAUUUCCUACGUGAAUGGAGUCUGCGGUACUGGAUGUCUUGGAGAGUUCGGCUUUGGAGGUGUAGGCUACGGUAGUGUUGGAGGAAGGGUUGGCCUUUGUGGCCCCAGGGGAUAUAGUAUUGUGAGAGGUUACCCUGAUCGCAAAGCUGAUGGCAUCCAAGGUAUCUGCAUCGAUGAACGGCUUCUGAAGCCCCUCUGCGUUGGGGUUGACCCGCUGGAACAUGAAAUACGCUGUCAGGAGAAGGAACAGAUCAAGACACUCAACACUCAAUUUGCCUGCUUCAUCGACAAGGUCCGAUUCCUGGAGCAGCAGAACAAAGUGCUGGAGACCAAGUGGGGCCUCCUGCAGCAAUACGUCCUACCAAAGAGAGGGAAAAACCUUGAACUGUACUUUGAGAAUUACAUCUGCGACCUGCGGAAGCGCCUGGACUGCUUGCUAUGUGAAAAGCAAAAACUGGGCAGCGAAGAAUGUGCCACAAGCCAGCUGGUGGAGGAGUUCAAGUGCAAAUAUGAAGAGGAAAUCAAUAGGCGUACAACUGUGGAGAAUGAGUUUGUGGCACUCAAAAAGGAUGCAGACUGCAUCUUUUUGAACAAGGAAGAGCUGGAGGUGAAGGUGGAUCUGUUAAGAAGGCAGUUGGAGUUGCUGAAAUGUGUGUUUGAGGAGGAACGAGCUCAGGUAGAUCGCCAGCUAUGUGACACUUCAGUCAUCGUGAAAAUGGACAACAACCGAGACCUGGACAUGGAAAGCAUCAUCAAGAACGUUGAAUGCUGGUACCAAGAAAUAGCUCAGAAGAGCAAAGAAGAAGUUGAUGCUUUCUACCAAACCAGGUUUCAGGAGCUUCAGGAUAAGAGAGGCAAGUAUUGCGAUGAUCUGCAAAACAACAAGUGUGAGAUUUCAGAGCUAACCCGGAUGAUACAGAAGCUGCAGUGUGAACUGGAGAACGUGAAGAAGCAGGUCUCCUGCCUGCAAACCUCCAUUUGUGACGUUGAGCAGCGUGGGGAUUGUGCUCUCAAAGAUGCCCGGGAGAAGCAUGUUGAGCUACAGAAUGCCCUCCAGAAGGCCAAGGAUGAGCUGGCUUGCAUGCUGCGGGAUUACCAGGAGCUGCUGAAUGUCAAGCUGGCCCUGGAUAUCGAGAUAGCAACAUAUAAGACUCUACUGGAGGGUGAAGAGAGCAGGAUAUGUGUGGGGAACCCGGUGAGCGUGUCUGUGGUCAGCAGUGGCUACAAUAUCCCCGAUGACUGCGGGAUGCUGGCUGCAAACGCGGCUGUGUGUGGCUACGGCUCCCUGGGGAGACGGUCCGGACGACACAGCUCCCAGAAUGGAGGAUUCAGCUCCCGGAGCGCUGGGAUCCACCCCAAGAGAGUCAUUAGCUCGGUGGCCAAGCAGUGUGUCCCAGAGGUGUAUUGCCAAGCCGGAGGGGUCAACUGCAAAAAUGGGGGAUUCAGCUCCCGGAGCGGGGGGUACCCAGCCCGCACCGUCAUCAGCACGGGAAAUGGGGGCUUGAAUGCUAGGAUGGGGCCUUGCCAAGCUGGUGGGGUGGUCAGCUUCGGAAACCAAGGCUGCGUCAUCAGGCAGCUGGGGGGCUCUCCUGUUGUCGUUGCAAACAGCCCUGAAGUUGUGGGGUGCAACAACGGCGUGGUGGGGAACUUCGGGGUUGUCAGAGACCCAUGCGUUGUUCCAUAGGGCCGUCAGCUGGGGAGGUAGCACAGCCAGCAACGUUGGAGAGCAACACUGAGACACGCAGUUCCUACCACUGAGAUGAUGCAGGAUAGUUUCUCUGCCCACUAGUAGCAACAUUUGUCACCAAGCCCAUUCCCACAUUUAUUAGCAUCAGAUAUAUACCCCACCAAGUUAUGUUUUCAGAGUCCCCAACCCUAAAGACACAUCUAGCAAGCUUCUCCAGCAGGUGCUCAACACAGUAUUAUUUCUCUGAGUUUAUACUGUCUAGAUUAUCACAGCUUUAAGGGUUUGCUUGUUGCGCUGCCUUCGCUGGCUUUUCCCAUAACGAGCAGAUUCAUUAACAAUGUUCUUCCUUACA